AUGGGCAAGAAGCGCGUUCUCGUAAGCUAUGGAGUUGACGUCGAUGCCGUCUCAGGCUGGCUUGGCUCGUACGGAGGCGAAGAUUCCUCAAACGACAUCAGCCGAGGGUAUUUCGCUGGAACAAUUGGAACUCGGAGGGUACUGAAAUUCUUGGCAAAGUAUGAUAUUAAGGCAACUUGGUUUAUUCCAGGCCAUUCUUUGGAAACGUUCCCGGAAGACAUGGCAGCUGUCCGCGAUGCCGGUCACGAAAUUGGUAUGUACCUGCAUAAUCCGACAAAAGGGAGAACGUUCAUCACUCACGACGUAUGA